CGAAGCGUGUUUACGGUCUACUGAGCAGCUAUGAGGCCAAACUGAAAGAGUUGGAGGAUUUGCUCAAGCAGGCUGAUGAUACGCUGAAGAAAGCCAGCAAUCAGAGCGACCUCAACGCCGAAGGCCUCAGAGACAUCCUGAACGAGUGAAGGAUCUGGAGCGUGAGCGAGACCUCGUCCAGGAUCAGAUCCUGCUUGCGGUGAAACAGCUGAAAGACACCGAGGACGCCCUGAAAAUGUUCAAUGACAGCAGAACGGAUUACAAACAGCUUGCGGCGCAGCUCAGCACAUCAAAGACCGAACUCAAGGAUAAAGUCCAAAUCAUCUCACAAGCAGCAGCCAAAGAGAAGAUAGUGAAACAGGCAGAAGAGCAUGCAGAAAACAUGCACAAACUGGCCAAAGAGCUGCAAGAUGCUGUGCAGAAUGUGAGUGGGCGCUCUGGUGUGCAGACCGCUCUCUUUGGGAUAGAGGCGUACAAAAACAUCACCGACGCUGUCAACGCUGCAGACAAAGCACUCAAUGAUGUCAGUGCAGGGGACUUAAUCAACAGGGCAACAAAUCUGAAAAAAGAUGGCAAUAACCUCCUUGAAGAUGCCAAAAAUGCAACUAAAGAUCUUAAAGAAGCAACUAAAGACCUCAGUAAUCAGAAGAAACGCCUGCAAGAGGCGGAAGAGAAAGAGAAAGCACUGGAAAAGGAGCUGCUCGCGGUUCAGGAGGGUUUGAAGGGGAUUCAGAGAGAUGAUAUUGGUAACAUCAUCGACGCGGCUAAGAAAGCGGCAGCGGCAGCCAAUCGCUCCACGAGUGACACAAUGGACCAGCUAAGCAACAUCAAAGCAGAAGUUACCAAUAUCUCCAUUACUCCUACUCUCUCUAAUAUGGACAAUGCUCUCAAUAAUGUGGAAAUGACCGUCAGAAAUCUGAGCGGCUCCAUCCCGUCCCUGCUGCGUAAAAUAGAAGCGAUCAAUUCUGAGUUAAGCACCGGGAACAACGUGACUGAUAAUAUUAAUAAGAUAAAGGAGCUGAUCCAGCAAGCGCGAGAAGCUGCUAACGGAAUUGUUGUGCCGAUGAAAUUCACGGGUAAAGGGCAUGUAGAGCUGCGUCCGCCGCAAGACUUGGACGACCUGCGGGCCUACACCAGUCUCACCCUGUCCCUCCAGAGACCCAAGCAAGCCCCCAGUCGGCUCGAUGGGAACGGCCAGACAAGUGAUGACAAUCUGUUCGUGAUGUACCUCGGAAACAAGGACACAUCCGGAGACUACAUCGGCAUGGCUCUUCGCAAUAACAUCCUGCAUGUCAUCUAUAAGCUCAGUGGAUUGCAUUAUGAUAUCGAGGUAUCCAGCAUCACCGAGUCCUCAUCUGACGUGGCUUUCUUCGACAAAAUUGACCUUUACAGAAUUUAUCAAGAUGCACAAGUCACUCAAACAAAGCAGUUCACGUCAAUCAAUCCGAAGCCUCCGCUGCUGAAGGAACAAUUUGGUGGAGAGAUACAAAACCUGCUGGACCUCAGGCCAGACCAAGUGGUCUUCUAUGUCGGAGGUUAUCCAGAUGACUUCAGGCCGCCAGCCCCUCUCAACUACGGCAAAUACAAGGGCUGCAUUGAGUUUUCCACCUUCAAUGACAGAUUCAUCAGUCUGUACAACUUUAAGAACGCGGUUGAUAUUAACUUAGAAACCCCUUGCAAGAGACAAAUCCCUCUGAAAAACUCAGAUUCUGAAUACUAUGAAGGCACCGGUUACGCCAAAUUCCUGCUUGAAAAAUUCUCCAGCCUUCUGUCGAUCAAUCAGAAAGUGGAAACGAGAGCUAAGGAUGCUCUUUUGGUGUAUUUGGGAGACGAGGAGGAUGACUUUUACUACAGCGUCUCUCUUGAGAAAGGUUACGUUGUUCUGCGUGGCCAAAACAAAACUAAUAUUUUGGAUCCCAUCAGAAGUCAGAAUAAGGCAAACCUCUCUAUGGAAAAAGAUGUGAGAGUUUUGAUUAGUGCAGGAAGAGAGUUUAAAAUCCUAGUAGGGGACACCGAGGUCAGGACGGACGUCAUUCCACAAAUCUUCAAGCACUUCUACGUCGGCGGGAUACCCAACUCUUUGCGUGAGAGAUACAACAUCAUUAUCCCGGCUCUGAAAGGCUGUGUGAAAAUCGGCACAGCGGGCAGCUUGAUCCCGACCGUCCAGGAGAAAGUGGGAGUCGGCAGAGGCUGCACCAAAGAGCUGCAGAUGUUCAGGAAAGCGGAUUUCAGCCUCGGCAGUGCACUGGAGAUACUCUAUGAAGACUUCAACUUAGACGGUGUCAGUCUUUCUCUGGGCUUCAGGAGUACAAAACCAGACGGCGUCCUGCUGCAGAACAGCAACAAUAAUAAAAACAUGGAGCUUUCCAUGGAGAACGGAUAUGUGCUCCUCAAAUUCCAGGAGAGCAUCUGGAAAUCUACUAAGCAGUACAUGGAUGGAAAAUGGCAUUAUCUCACUGUUUUCAUUCAGGGCCAAAACAUUGAACUUCGCAUCGAUGAAGAUGAUGUUGGCAAGAGUGUGAUAGGAUCUCCAUCUGGACCGUAUUCUUCCAGCGUGAUCCUGGCCAAAGACACCUUCGAGGGCUGCAUCUCCAACCUGCAUCUGAGGAGACCUGACACUUUUAACAGAGCGGAGGAUCUGAGCACUUACUCUUCCACAGGAGACGUGAUGUUGAACACAUGCAGUGCCACACGCAAUAUCUAGCUGCACAGCUAUUAGCAGAGACGAGGAGUAUCUGACGCAGACAUAGAGAUCUUUGGAAGAAGUGCUGUUAUAUUACAGCACGACCAACUCACUUUAACCAUCUGCUGGAUUUCAUUGUUUCAUUUGCAUAAUUAAAGAUAUUUUCACGGCA